AUGAUCCUCGCGGUCGACGCCGCGGUCGCGAACUCCGCGACAUCGCUCGCGGAGGUCACGCACCUCGCGUGGCGCGCCGCGUGCGCGGCGAUCAAAGUCAAAGCGAACGAGGUCGUCGUCUACGGCGGCGUCAAGGAAUCCGUCGCGAAGAACGACGGGCACUACUCCGGCCCGCCCUCGCACGCGGCGAACCGCCCCGCGGUGAUGAUCGCGCGCGUCCUCGAGUACGUGGACACGCCGCCGUACCUUCGCAACGCGCUCCUCGCGCGCCAUCCGGACCUCGCGCUUGUCGGCUCGCUCCCGCGCGGCGGCGUCCUCAAGGGCGCGAGGCACCACCUGCGAAUUCACGACGUGAGCGAGUACAGAGAGGGCAUCGUCGUCGCCGCCGCGAACGGCGCGUCCAAAUCGACGCGCGCGAACGUCGGGCUCCUGUCCGACCUCGAGCUCGAUAAGCACGUCAAGGUUGGCGUGCGCGUCACCGUGCGACUGGACAAUCGCUGCCGUGCCUCCGACGGGUCGACGACGCCGCUGACGGGGCGCGUCGUGUCCCCGGAAGAGGCGGCGCUGUCGAACGGCGGGAGCUGGGCGUUCAACGUGCGCGUGUCGAGGGACGACCCGAGGAAAGAGCCGGAGGCGAUGGAUGGGUUGCUGGGACUGGAGAAGCUGACGUUUUUCGACCCGGACGCGCCGGCGGAGGACGACGACGACGACGACGACGACGACGACGGCGCCGGCGCGUUCGCGCCGACGCAGAAGAAAGACCCGCGGUGGAACAUUCAAAACGUGGAGGCGGAGCCGUGGAGGGUCUCGACGCAGACCAGCACGUACAGGGACUCGUUCGUGCCGCUCGACGUCGCGGAGCCGUCGUUGCGCAGCUUCGACGACGCGGCGGGGGAGGUCGUCAGACGCCCGUACGACGCGAGCGGCAGCCACGACGGGUAG